AUGACUCACCACUUCUUGGUCAUCCCAGACCUACCACAUCAGGUCUACAUGGGAAGUGAUAUACUGGUCAGGUUGGCAGUCCAGGUCGAUACCAUUAACAACAUACUGUGGUCCUUUACCAGUGUUAAUGAGGAAACCCAAACCCCUGAUGUCGACAACAUCAUAUCAGGACAGUCGAUCCCUGAAGCCUGUCAGGUAGCCAAUGAACUUGACAUUGUCAUACCUGCAAUGACCACAAACGUUCCCAUUCGCUUGAACCUACAACGUGGACAAAAGCUGUCGCACACUCAAGCUUUCUUCCAGCCGUCGUUGCUCUUUCUUAAACUAGGGCUGUCUACUCAGGCAACUCCUCUUCUUGAGCUUCACUCGAGAUUCACACACUUGCUUGUACAAAACACGACAUCAGAAGAUAUCCUGAUCCCUAAAUCCACCCCGCUGGGUUGGUUGAUCAGCACAUCGUUCCACGACUUUGAAUUGAGGAUUCCUGUAAUAGGAAAAAUGCCCCGUUCUCUGAUGUCAGACCAUUCGCCGGAACAGGUCUUCCAUACCCUACCUUCCAGGGCUAUCUCGCUCUUUCCAACUGUACCGCUGGACCACGACACCAUCUGUCAGGUCGACCUCUCUGAGGACUCACAGAUGGUUCUGCACACAGUGCAAGUCCUAAACGUCAGUUCAGAGCCAGAAAUGGCCCAUACACUUUCCGGGGUAGAACCCUCUAUCUUCCCAACCGGGCAAACACCUGAGCACGAUCCAGACUUUGACGCCAAAGUCGAACAGCUCGUAGCUGAGGCAGACGCCCUGAACGGCGAAGAGGAGCGUGAAAAGCUUCGCAAACUUCUGCACAAAUAUCGAGCCUCUUUCGCAAAAGACUCGCUUGACUGUGGCUUAACCUCUAUCCACUCUAUCCGCAUUCCGACACCACCGGAUGCACCACCAACUUUUGUACGCCAGUACAAAAUUCCCUUAGCAUCCUAUGAACCUAUUCAGGAAAUCAUAGACGAUCUUUUGGCGAAGGGGAUCAUUCGGCCAUGUAACAGUACCUACUCAGCCCCACUCUGGCCAGUACUGAAACCAAACGGUAAAUGGCGACUGACCAUCGAUUACCGCAAACUGAACCAACAAGUUCCCCUUUCCAGUUGGCCUAUGGCUCAGCUCCAACAGGAUCUGCCAAAGAUCUCUGACGCGAGAUACUUCUCCACUCUUGACGUGGCAUCAGGGUUCUGGACGAUACCAGUACACAAAGCUGACCAGCACAAACUGGCGUUCACUUUUGCCAACAGGCAGUACACCUUCACCCGAUGCCCUUUCGGCUAUGCCAACUCGCCAGCAGAGUUCAACAUCUUUCUUAACAAAGCCUGCCCAGAUGCUAGUGAGAGAGGCAACCUCAUAUAUGUCGAUGACAUCUUAAUGAGGAGCCAAACCCUGGACAUGCAUCUCGCUGAGAUUGACCAUGUCCUGAACCAGCUCACGAACGCCGGGGCAAAGAUAUCUCUGUCGAAAUGUCAGUGGUGCAAGACCAAGGUGAACUACGUCGGUUUGCUUGUUGGUCCAACAGGGGUCGAACCACAGCUGAGUCGGAUUCAAGGACUGUCAAACCUUAGAGCUCCCACAAACGUCUCAGAGCUUCGCAGCUUUUUGGGAGUAUGCAACUACUCCCGACAGUUCAUUGAGGACUAUGCAUACUUAGCAAAACCCCUCACUAACAUACUGAAAAAGGAUGUGCCACUCACUUGGGGACCGUCCCAACAACACACCAUGCAAGCUUUAAAAGACAGAUUCUGUGCAGCUCCUUGUCUUGCCUACCCAGACUGCAACAGACCGUUCUAUCUGGAGGUCGGCUUCUCUUGUCACUGCCUCAGUGUAGGGUUAUACCAGAUCCAUGACUCAGAUAAACGAGUCGUCGCGUAUGCUAGCAAAACCUUGCUGGCUCCUGAACUGAAGUUCUCCAACUGCGAAAAAGCGCUUCUCGCCACUGUGUGGGCUGUGAAGCAUUUUUCCAACUAUCUUGGAGGCCAAAAGGUGAUUGUGGAAACCAAUCAUCAACCAGUGACCUUCCUUAACAGCCAAAGAAUCAGAGACGGCGUUGUAACCAACGCUCGUGUAGCAUCUUGGCUUAUGGCUCUUCAGAGCUUCGACAUCGAGGUCCACUACGCCCAAAAUCGCAAAACACCUCUCGGGAUGGAACUCGCAGCGUGCCAAAGCUGCUUGACAGACAGCGUGGACACAGGGUCCCCAACCUGCGAACCCAAGCCACCUGAAUUAUCUUGCCACCGGUACUUUGACGACAAUGUCUGCAAAGACAUGAUUACAGCUUACGUUGAUGGUUGCUCAUACCAUCACGACACUGUUCUCCGAGCAGGCGUGGGUGUUGUCUGGGUCAACGACGAACCGUGUGAACCACUCAGCUUCAACCUAGGGGCCCAAACGUCCCAGUAUGCUGAAGUGGCAGGCAUUCUGAUUGUUUUGCAACUUGCGGUGGAACACAAAAUCCACGCCUUAACGAUCUGUACAGAUUCCAACUAUGCGCGACUCAGCUUCUCAUGCCAGCAGGGGGCCUUGACUGGCUCAAACUGGCACUUUAAGCCCUCUGUUUUUCCCCUCCCGCCCGUACCCCUGGUUUGUGCUGUCACCAGAGCCCUGUCUCGAGCUCCACCUCGCCCGGCUCCCUCGGGCCCGGUCUCCGCCACUGUGGCUCCGUUUUUUUCUGACUCUGACUUGCUGGCGCUCCAAGCUUCGGACCCAGCCAUUGCUGCCAUGACCAGUUCCUUUCAGGGCCUCCUGACUCCUCCAUGUCUCCUGUCUUGCUUGACUCCAUCCUUGGUCUGCGCCAUCUUUUCCGCGUGCGCUCUUCGCUGCGGCUCGUCAAGGGCUUUCUGGUUUAUGUCUCCGAUGCACUCACUUCGCCUGCCCUGGUGGUGCCUCGCAGCCACAGGGGGGUGA